CGUACCAAUGCGUGCAAUCUCUUCAUUACCAUCAACCCAAUCUACACAUAAAUGCACUUAGAAAAGAGAAAAUAUUAAAAGGGUUUGAGUGUAAAACAAGAAAAAAAAAAGAAAGAAAAUGAUUACCAAAGUAAUUGUUUCGAUUUUUUCCCUCAUUCUUAUUGUUUGUUUCGUCAUUGGAAUGGCAGGUUGGUUCAAUGAAGAGAGUGAAAUGAAAAAUGUGAAUCCUCAUAUCAAGUUUGUUCAUGACCAAGUUUGUGAACCCACCAAUUACAAGGAAUCUUGCGCUCAAACCCUUGAAUCUAUAAAUAGCACAGACCGUAAAGAGAUUAUAAAGGCAACUAUUCUAGCUGCAUCAGAUGCAGUGAAGCAAUCGAUAAAGUUCACCAAGCGUUUGGAAGUUAAGGCUAAUAGUGAGUCUCGGACGAAAAUGGCCCUCGAUGAUUGCCAAGAAUUGCUGGAAAAUGCUAUGCAGGAGCUUCAGGUAUCGUAUUCACUAGUGAACGGUAGUGACUUGAGCACAAUCAAUGAACGUUCUGCCCAAUUGCAGAGUUGGCUGAGCUCCGUCCUUGCAUAUCAAGAAACAUGUGUGGAUAAUUUUGAAGACCAUAGCAUCAUUAAGCCUUUGAUAAGAAUGGGUAUGAUUGAUGCCAGCCAUCGCAUCGAUAAUGCUCUAGCUAUCCUUUCUACAUCGUUCAAUGUCCCCAAGUCCUACGACUAUUAUUCGCCCCAAAGCUCUCGCCGGCUUCUUUCUGUUGGUGAUGAUGGAUAUCCCACAUGGUUCUCUGCCUCUGACAGGAAACUUUUGGCCUUGCAAGAUAAUGACAGGAUUAAACCAAAUGCUGUUGUGGCUCAAGAUGAUAGUGGACAAUUUGUGAACAUUAGUGCAGCCCUUUCUGCAUAUCCCAAGCACCUAAAGGGUCGAUAUGUUAUCUAUGUCAAGGCAGGAAUCUACCAUGAGCACGUUACUGUCACCAGGAAACACCCUAAUGUGUUCAUUUAUGGUGAUGGACCCAAGAAGACCAUAGUCAUAGGAAAAAAGAGCUUCGCCAGUGGUGUUAACACAUGGAGAACUGCCACAUUUGUGGCUGAAGCUGAUGGGCUCAUCGCCAAGUCAAUAGGAUUUGCAAACACUGCUGGUCUUAGUGGACGCCAUGCUGUGGCACUCCGAGUGGAUUCAGAUAUGUCAGCUUUCUUUAACUGCAGAAUGGAUGGGUAUCAAAACACAUUGUUAUACCAAGCUAAACGCCAAUUCUACCGGAACUGUGUCAUUUCCGGUACCAUAGAUUUCAUCUUUGGUUAUGGCGCUGCAGUGAUCCAGAACUCCUUAAUCAUCGUCAGGAGGCCAAGGACCAACCAGAAGAACACAGUGACUGCAGAUGGCAGGAAAGAAGAGCAUGCAACAACUGGAUUAGUCAUCCACAACUGCAGAAUUGUCCCUGAGAAGAAACUAGUCCCUCACAGGUUCAACAUCCCAACACACUUAGGUAGGCCUUGGAAGCCAUUUUCCAGGACUAUUGUGAUGGAGUCACAAUUGGCAGAUUUCAUUCAGCCAGAGGGAUGGAUGGCUUGGGCAGGAUUUUUACACCUUGACACUUUGUACUAUGCUGAAUAUGCCAAUACUGGACCUGGAGCCAAUACUAAUCGCAGAGUUAGGUGGAAGAAUUUCCAUGUCAUAGACAGGAAUGAGGCCCAUCAGUUCACUGCCGGGGAAUUCCUUCAUGGAGCUGAAUGGAUUAAGAGAGCUGGAGUUCCUGUCUUGCUUGGAUUGCGAGGCUGAGAGAAACAGGAAAAAUAAUUUGCAAAAUACAUGAAGCACGCAACGAUGUU